AUGUCAUUACCAGCUUCAUUUGACUUAACUCCAGAAGACGCUAAAUUAUUGUUAGCUGCCAACGUCCACUUGGGAUCUAAGAAUGUUCAAGUACACAACAAACCAUACGUCUACAAAACCAGACCAGAUGGUGUCAAUGUCAUCAACAUUGGUAAGACUUGGGAAAAGAUUGUCUUGGCUGCCAGAAUCAUUGCCGCUAUUCCAAACGCCUCUGAUGUUGCUGUCUGUUCAUCAAGAACUUUCGGUCAAAGAGCUGUUUUGAAAUUCGGUGCUCACACUGGUGCCACUGCCAUUGCUGGUAGAUUCACUCCAGGUAACUUUACAAACUAUAUCACCCGUUCUUUCAAAGAACCAAGAUUGGUUGUUGUUACUGACCCAAGAACUGACUCUCAAGCCAUCAAAGAAUCAUCAUAUGUCAACAUUCCAGUUAUUGCUUUGACUGAUAUGGAUUCACCAUCUGAAUACGUUGAUGUUGCUAUACCAUGUAACAACAAAGGUAAACACUCCAUUGGUUUGAUCUGGUGGUUGUUGGCUAGAGAAGUUUUGAGAUUGAGAGGUAUCAUUGCUGACAGAACUACCGAAUGGUCAGUCAUGCCAGAUUUGUACUUUUACAGAGACCCUGAAGAAAUUGAACAAAAUGCUGCUGAAGAAGGUGCUACUGAAGAAGUUGAAGAAGCUGUUGUUGUUGAAGCUGAAACCGAAUGGACUGGUGAAACUGAAGAUCUUGACUGGGCUGAAUCUGGUGUUACUCCAGCUGCUGAAGAUGCUGCUGCUUCAAACUGGUAA